AUGGCACCAAAGAAGGACGUGAAGAAACCCGCAGCGGCUGCUCCAGCCCCAGCCCCUGCCCCGGCCCCUGCACCUGCCCCCCCCAAAGAGGAGAAGAUUGACCUCUCUGCCAUUAAGAUCGAGUUCUCUCAGGAACAGCAGGAUGAUUUCAAGGAGGCGUUUCUCCUGUUUGACAGGACAGGUGAUAGCAAAAUCACUUUAAGCCAGGUUGGUGAUGUCCUCCGGGCUCUGGGCACAAACCCCACCAAUGCAGAGGUCAAGAAGGUCCUGGGAAAUCCCACCAAUGAAGAGAUGAAUGUCAAGAAAAUUGAGUUUGAACAGUUUCUUCCCAUGAUGCAAGCUAUUUCUAACAACAAGGAGCAGGGCACUUAUGAAGACUUUGUUGAAGGUCUGCGUGUCUUUGACAAGGAAGGCAAUGGCACAGUCAUGGGUGCUGAACUCCGUCACGUUCUAGCCACACUGGGUGAAAAGAUGAGAGAGGAAGAAGUGGAAACGCUGUUGCAAGGUCAAGAAGACUCCAAUGGAUGCAUCAACUAUGAAGCUUUUGUCAAGCAUAUCAUGUCUAUCUAA